AUGGAAGGCCAAAAAUAUAUGCAAGUAUAUUGUGAAGGCAUGAAAGGAUCUGGAAAACCAUCAGCUAUGAUGGCCCAUCUUGCAUUACAAUGUAUUCAGGUUCCAACUUUAGUACGACAAAAAUUUUUACAAAUAAUUGCAAGUUCAAAUGAUGAAGUUAAUGAACAAAGUAAAACUAAAAAAAAUAAUUCUUCUAAAAGAGUAUUAGGUUUAGAAAUUGCUAGUGGUCUACAACCAAGAAUAACAGUCAAUUUCAAAAAUAUAACAUAA